GACAGGUUUUGCAACUUGUUUGGUUUUUAAAGAUCAAUGUUGUUUAAAAAUUAAUUGAAAACAUUGAUUAUUAAUUCAUCACUCUAUUUAAGUAAUUUAUUGUAUCUUUGACUUUGUGAUUUAUCAAUUAUGGAUUCUGGUCGACGAGAUGUACCGAUUCCACCACAUCGGAUAACCCCUCUUAAAGAGAACUGGAUUAAAAUUUACAAGCCUUUGGUUGAAACACUUCUAGUUCAAGUUAGAUUUAAUAUGAAAUCUAGAUUAGUGCAAAUACGGACGUGUCCAGAGACUAAAGAUAAAGAUGCUAUCCAAAAGGCUGCUGAUUUUGUCCAAGCCUUUGCCCUUGGGUUCGAUGUGGAAGACGCAAUUGCCUUGCUACGAUUGGACCAACUAUUUUUAGAUUCAUUUCAAAUUGAAGAUGUCAAAAAUUUGAAAGGUGACCACUUGUCUAGAGCUAUUGGGCGAAUCGCUGGUAAAAAUGGUCGAACCAAAUUUACCAUUGAAAAUGUGACUAAGACUCGGACUAAAAAUUGAUUGAAAACUUUGAUU